AUGUCGAUCAUAAGCGUUCUGCUAUCCGCCCUCAACUGGUCAUGGAGCCUCCAGACGUUGCUAGUCGGUGUUGUCGUCAUCAUCACGACGGUGCUGUGGAAGCGGUCUGCAGCAGCCGGCUUGCCGCCCGGACCGAGAGGACUGCCUCUGGUCGGGAACUUGUUCAGCAUGAGCAAAGAUACCCCAGUAGUUUACCAAGAGUGGUCCAAGAAGUACGGGGACGUCUUCACCGUGUACGCGUUUCGCCGUCCGAGGGUUGUUCUGAACGGCUUUAGCGCCAUCCGUGAGGCUCUGGUGACGAACGCAGAUGUUUUCUCCAGCCGUCCUCCCUUCCCAGUUUAUGGGUCGCCAGAUCAGAGUGCAAGAGGAUUGCUCUUGGAGCCGUACACUGCUCGUUUCAAAGAGCACAAGAAGUUCACCAUGUCCGCUCUCCGCGACUUCGGUGUAGGCAAAAGGAGCAUGGAAGGGAAGAUUCUAGAAGAGGCACGAUCACUCAGUGAUGUCAUCACGAAGAAAGAAAAACAGGCCUUCUGCAUCUCUCGGCUGUUGAAGAAUACAACUUGCAACGUCAUCUGCUCUCUCGUGUUUGGUUCCCGCUACUAG